CUGGAACAACACACCCGACAACCGACUGAGUUCAUAGCCUUUGUAGCGGUAGAUUAUCUUGCCUCGGUCACUUGACCAGAGGACACAUAGGAAGAAAACAAUGCAGUGCACUCCUGAAUCAAAAGUCUUCCUGGAGAACUACAAAGAUCUGCACUUUCUAGACUGCUCUGACAGUGGAUACUCAGGUCUGUUCCAGAGCCCGAGGGACAUCAGUGAAUUUGACUCCUGUAAAGUGCCGUCUCCUGCGGAAUUCAAUGAAACUCCUAAAGAGAACAUUAAGUUUGCUGUCAUUGCCAAAGAGAGGAACAAGGAAUCAGUCAGGCUUUUGGGCAAAGAUUCCAGAGAAGUCCUGCGGCCCUCUGCAGUUAACUGGUGUGAAACUCCUAAGGUACACAAGAGAGAUGCAUCAUUGAGACACAGACUUCUAAUGUGUAAAUCAACCACAGUCAGAAAUGACAACAUAAGGUCACCGUCUGCCAUAAAGACUGAGUCCUCCAUGGGUGUAAGGUCUGAACACUGGCUCAGUGAAUCCUUCGACUCUCUAGACAUCAUGACUGGGGGGGCAUCAAGCACUUUAAAACUGGACCAGGAUCUACCUCUUUCUGGGAGGAAACGACGACUCCUUUUUACGCAGAUGAGGACCUCUACUCUUGAAGAUGGCAAACUCAUCCCUAGUCACCUUUCAUUUUCCAGUAGCGUGUCACUCACAGAAAUGGAUUUGAAUGAAAACACUUCAGCCUCUGAUCAGCAUCAAGUGGAUACUCCAUGCUCGGGCAAACCCCUGCCUGUUUCAGUCAAAGAAAACUCUGAAUCACCAGUAAAUGGUGAUUUGAAUAUCCAGUGUGAUGGCUCAAGUGUCUUGUCCACACCAUCAUUUACUCAAACACCAAAAUACAUCAGGUCUCUGUGCGAGGAUAGUGGCUUCAGUUCCCUAACACUUGAUAAAUCUCAAGACUCCUCGAUUGACCAUGAUGGUUCAUUCCAGGAGCUGCUGUUUUGUUCUAAAGGAAACUGUGGAACCCCAAACCCGUCAGACACAAAGCGACGUUCCCAUUUACAGCGCCAGCACAGGCUUUCCACGCUGAAAGAAGGUGGCUCUCAGUCUGACGAAGACCUGACAGACAGAAAGCAUCAUCAUCCUCUCAAUUUCCAUAGCCAUAUUAAAGAGGAUGAUGUUUUUGAUAGUGAUUCCACCCCUUGCAGGGUUUUAACAGAUAAAUGUUUUAAUAACCUGCCUUCUGAUAGUCUGGCAUCUUCAAAACACAACUAUAACACACCACUCAGGGUGACUGCAAAAAAGCUGGAAAGCGUGGCUCCCUACAAUGCCGAUUCGUCAUCUCAAGCUAUCAGUCCUCUCAGAAAAAUGUCAUUAAAUCUUUCUCUUACUCCAGCCUUGCAGCUGGUUCACGCUAUGUGCCAGCACAGAGUUCAGAUGUUUGCUGGUCAAAGUCCAAGCCUGAAAGAAGAACUGAAAUCUACAGCAGCACUGGCCAAGACUCCAGUGGCAUUUAGGACAACUAUGCCUUUGGCAGGGCUGAUUGGCAGGAAGAUGGGUCUUGGGAAGGUGGACAUACUCACAGAGCUGAAGAAGAGGAAUCUCAGGCACAUCUUGGCAGCCAUUUUUAACAACCUGAGUCCUGAGAGCAUCUACAGGUGUGGUCAGGUGUGCAAAAGCUGGAAUGAAAUAAUCCGCCAUGACAAGCAUGCUAGUUUAAGGAGAAGAAACCACCUGGAUGAAGUGGAAGCUGCGCUUGAGUUUGGCACUUCUGUCCACAUCUCUGAGGCAGUCACUCUGCUGAAAAGGUCAGCCUUAAAAACUGUUCAGGUCCAGUCCAGGACCUCCAUCUACUGCACCCCACAGUCAUCAAGCAGCACUUUAACCCCAGUACAGCACGGCACUUCAGCUAGCGGUAGCAAACGAGAUAAAUUUUUGGAGAUUGCCAAAACCCUCUUCAGUGAUGAGUGCCUCAAGCCUUGCCCUCAAUGUCAGCAUCCAGCAAGGUGUCAUUCUGUGAAACGGGAAGGCGUUUGCAGCAGAGCUGACUGUAACUUCCAGUUUUGCACGUUGUGUCUGUGUGCUUUUCAUGGCUCCAGAGAUUGUGGCAGUCAGUCUGGUGGCCGUCGCAAAAAGGACAGUCUACUUCCAGGAAGCGCUCAAAGCAAGCGGAAUGUAAGAAGACUCUGACCAGGACAGGAACUGAGUGGUUACUGUUUUGCAAUGCCAAAGUUGAUUUUAGCAUUUUACACUUUUUUCAUUAAGUCUUAGAUGAGGCUGGGGGUGUGUAAGCAAUGCCUGUACUGUUAACUGUGUUUUCCCCUGUAAAUGUAUAGUCCUAAUCCCCUUUUCCACCCUCUGUCAACACACAGUUCUUAAUUGUAUGUUUUUAAUUAUGUAUGUGAAUGAAGUCUCAUCAGCAGUAACAGUUGAG